CCGUUCACGAUGCGUAAGGUUUCCCUGACCCGCUCCUGCGUGCGAAUCGUAGCAUUAGCCUACGUUCUGUGCUUAACCGGGGUCGCAUUUGUACAAGCCGAACAGAAAAGCCAUCCCAUCACUACGCAGCUAUCGGCAAAAUGGGGAAUCACUCCCGUGCAGCUAGAAAUUGCCGAAUUUAUCGACGAGGAAAGUUCCAACUCGUUCUGGGAUUACGUGGAUCUGUUGAAUAAGGUGCCGGGUGGCUUGUACCACUUAGAAACGGAAGAAAAACGAUACCAAAAAUCCAUCGAACUAGCUUCGGAAAUACUUGGCGAUGGGCAAAUCAGUCUGCUAAAGCUGGCCCUUUCGUUGCACAGCUUUUCGCCGAAGGUGCAGGCCCAUCUUCAGGUGGCCAACGAAGUACUGGCAAAGGGUGACUGUGAGACAACGAUAUUUGCCAGCGUAAACGGCAAGGUGGCUUGUGAGGUGAACGAGCUGGUGAGCAUUUUACGUGCGGGAAAAAAAGAUUCAUCCACUGUCGAAACGUUUGCCAUCGAUCAUAUCUACCCCGGGUCGGAAAACAAUUCCCUAACCGUCGUACUGUACGGUGAGAUCGGCACGAGAGAGUUUAAAGAAUUUCACGACGCUAUCAAACCGGAAACGGAACGCGGUACGGUGCGGUACGUGUUGCGACAUUACGUGCGAAAGGUUUCAUCGCGCAAAGUACGCCUCUCCGGGUACGGUGUUGAGCUGCAUCUGAAAUCAACCGAAUACAAGAGUCAAGAUGAUUCGCCCCGGGCACAAGAUUCAGCGACCAGCACGGACGGAGCGUCGGAUGCAACCGACGAGCUCGAGGUGGAAGUGGAAGGAUUCGAUUUUACCCAGCUUAAAAAACGGUUUCCCCAUCUAAGCCAUUCGUUGGACCGUUUCCGGAAUGCACUGUUGGAAAAGCACGAAGAAAUCGCACCGUUAAAGGCUUGGGAAUUUCAGGAGCUUGGUCUGCAGGCUGCCCAACGGAUCGCUGAAAUGCAGGGCGAUGAAGCACUGCAAAUGCUCCAGUUUAUUGCGCAGAAUUUCCCCACCCAAGCCAAGUCGCUGCUCACACAAACGGUACCGGAAGACUUUAAGAAAGAGAUGCGACACAAUAUCGAAGUGUUUGGGCGCAACCUUAACCUUCAGCCGCCCGAUUCUGCCCUCUUCCUGAAUGGGUUGUUUUUCGAUGCUGAAACGAUCGACACGGUAACGCUGCUCGAUACGCUGCGUUCCGAGAUGCGUGUGCUGGAGGGGCUCAAUCGCAUCAACAUACGGGGUGGAAGUGCAACGCCACUGCUAGGAUUGGAUCUAUCUUCUAGCUCGAAAGAGUUUGCGAUCGAUGUUCGUGAUUCGGCAAUAACGUGGAUAAACGAUUUGGAAAAUGACGCCCAGUAUCGACGGUGGCCGGGAAGUUUGAAGGAUUUGCUUCGUCCGACCUUCCCCGGGAUGUUGCGCAACAUUCGCAAGAAUCUGUUCAAUCUGGUGCUGAUUGUGGAUCCGGUUGAGGGCGAUAGUGCUGGAAGGGAUAUUGUAAAGCUGGCGGAAAGUUUUGUCGUUCACAUGGCACCGGUUCGAAUUGGCUUGGUGUUUAAAACGGGCGAAGGCGAGGACUAUCGGGCACUAACGUGUGGAUUUAACUAUGUGCAGCAGAAAAAAUCAGCAACGGAAGCGCUCGGUUUUCUGACGGACCUGUAUGCGGCCACCGCAGACCAGAAGGUUAUCCGGUACGCGGAUGUUCGUCAGGUGUUGAAGAAAAAGUUCAAAAAUCUAAAGCUGGAGGAAGUGGAUGAAAUUUUGGGGGAAGAUUCCGAUUUCGAUUAUGGACGUCAGUUGGCGCAGGAGUUUAUCGAUCGACUUGGGUUGAAAACGGUACCGCAGGCACUGUUGAACGGUGUCCUAUUGCCCCAAACGGCACUCACGAGCGAUGAGUUUGAGGAAACGAUCCUGACGGAAAUUAUGCAGCAAACACCAACGCUACAGAAGGCCGUCUAUAUGGGUGAUCUGCACGAAGGAGAGCCUGUGAUAGACUAUCUGAUGAAACAACCGCACGUGAUGCCUCGUUUGAAUCAGCGCAUCCUUUCGCAGGAUGAACCACAAUUUAUCGACAUGUCAGGACGUGCGCAUCCAGAUUUGGAAGAUAUCACCGCUCUGGGACAACUGUCCAACCCGGAUCUUACGGCGACUUUGAUGAAAAAUUUAAAAUAUUUCGGUGGCAAGUCUACGUUCCAGAAGUUCCUCGGAUACAGGGUACAUUUCCUGACCGUGUGGGUUGUUGGCGAUUUGCGGGAAGCGGCAUCAAGAAAGCAGUUGAAAAAUGCACUCAAAUUUAUGAAAUCAUCCUCCGGCACAAGGGUUGCCUUCAUCCCGAACGUGGACGGAACAGAUGCGGUUCGUUCGGAGCUGAAAAAGGAUCUUAAUGCGUUGGUAUGGGCUACCAUCAAUACGCUCGAAGCGGAUGAAUCGUACGAUCUUGUGAUGAAACUGUUCGAUUCGUAUGAGUCCGAUCCAGCCAGUGUUGCCACAUCGGUGCCGGACUCCGUUCUAGGAUUCUUACCCGCAACCCAGAUGCAUCUGAAGAUGCUACGCGUUUACUGUCAGCGUGUGCUGAAGCUAAGGGCAUCCGCAAGCACCGUGAUGGCAAACGGACGGCAGCUGGGCGUUUUCGAUGCGGAUGAAUUCUUCGACACGGAAGACUUUGGUUUACUGGAAAGCUUUAACGCGCUACAGUACACGGACAAAAUACGCACCGCAAUGAAGCUUGCUUCCCAAUCCGAUUCGGACGAUACGCCAGCCAUCACGAGCGAUACCGUAAUGAAGCUGGUUUCGAUUCUGGUGCCUCGGCAACAAUCCAAAUCGCGUUACACAAUCCCAACCGAGGUGCAGGAUAAUCGAACGGUGGUGAAGCUCGCUCCGAAGCGUACCGAUCAACCAUUCUUCGAGAUUGUGGCCGUCCUCGAUCCAGCAUCACGCGGUGCACAGAAGCUUUCGUCACUUUUGUUGCUGCUGCGCGAUGUGGUUAACUGUCAGAUGAAGAUUUUCUUCUGUGCCAUCGAUAAGCACAGUGACAUGCCGGUUAAAACGUUUUAUCGCUUUGUCGUUGAGCCGGAACUGCACUUUACCAUGGACGGUAGACUAUCGGCAGGACCGUCAGCAAAAUUCGUUGGAUUGCCCGCCAAUCCUUUACUAACACAAAGCCUCAAUGUGCCUGAAAACUGGCUUGUGGAAGUGGUUCGUUCCGUGUACGAUCUCGACAACAUUAAGCUGUCGGAAAUAAACGGUCCCGUCCACUCGGAGUACGAGCUAGAAUAUCUGCUUCUCGAAGGCCACUGUUUCGACAGUACAACCGGUUCACCACCCCGAGGCUUACAGAUCACACUUGGCACCGAAGAUCGUCCAAUCAUUGUCGAUACGAUCGUGAUGGCUAACUUGGGUUACUUCCAGCUGAAAGCGAACCCAGGCGCCUGGAUAUUGAAGCUACGCCAUGGCAAAAGUGCCGAACUGUACGAUAUUACCAGUGCGGAUGGACCCAACACGGUGCACACGGCGGAAAGUACGCGCGUCAUCAUAAGCUCGCUACGAUCGCAUGUGUUAAAGCUGCGGGUGACGAAAAAACCGGGUAUGGCUGGUAUCGAUCUGCUCGGUGACGAAAAGGAAGUCGCUGUAAAACGAGUAAAAGCGCUUCCCUCCCUGUGUCGGCAGGAUCGACCAUUCCACCCACUGCACUGUGACCCAUCCACCACGUUUGCAAAGAACCUUUAA